CGAUCGGGCGGCCGCCGGGGCCAGCCCGGGCGGUGCGGGCGCCGCGGCCGCCGUGGCGCCGUGCGGCGGGUUAGCCGCAGGCCGGGGCCGCGGGCGCUCGCGGGCAUGGGCUCGCCGGGCAAGCGCACGAGGCCAGACGAAGAUCUGGAGGCCUGGUUGGCCGCGGAGCGCAGCCCAGCGUUCGAGAAGGCACUGGCACGCCUCCUGGCGGCUCACCACUCCGCCCUCCUGCAGGCACGGCGUGGGCGGCGCGAGGAGGAGGGGGACCUGAGCCCAGGGACGCAGACAUCUUGCCAGGCGUCGUGGUCCCCGUCCCCCCGCGCUUGCCUGGGCUCGGGGCGGCGGGGCGCAGACCACAAGGGCCCGGACAAGCCGGUGCGGUGGCUGAGCUCCGAGCGCGAGCGGGGGGGGGCCUCCUGCGCCGAGUCGCACGGAGCAGUGGGGCUCCAGGGCGGCGGGCAGGAGAACGCGUCCGCCUGCGGCAGUUCGGAGAGCCCUCGGCCAGCCGUUGCCGACAGCAGGCCGUCCGUCGAGGUGUCGCUGAGGAUCACCGACCACAUCAUCCUCCAGAGCCAGCCCAGCCACAGGAAGCGCAGCUGGUUGGGCGAGUUCGUGGACGGAGUGGUCUUCGAGGUCGGGAGUGCAGUUGUCCUGUUUCUCUUCUGCCUGGUCACGGCGCUCGAGAUCCAGGGUGAAGGCAUGACCCUGGGGUACGAGCUGGAGUACCCGCGCUACGCUGAUCCAGAUUCUACGGCUUGGCCGAAUACGACUGAUGUCUUGCAAGUUUUGUCAGUGUGUUUCGGCGGCAUUUUCGCGUGCGAGGUGCUGUUCCGAUUGUUGGCAGCUAAAGCGCAAUUCUUCUGUGACGGGUGGAAUUUGUUCGAUGUGUUCAUCCUGGUAGGCUGGUGCAUUGAGCUCACCGGUGAAGACUUUAACGCCAAGGUCCUGCGGCUUGCUCGCCUUGUGCGCAUGUUGCGCUUCCUCAGGCUGGUGAAGGUUGUAAGGUAUGUCGAGAAUCUAUACUACAUGGUGAGGGCACUGAACGGAUGCUGGAAAGCACUCGGUUGGUCUGCUGUUCUGUUACUGGCUCUGCAAGCAUUUACUUCUGUCGUCAUCUCUCAGAUACUGUUCGCAACUUAUUUUUUGGACGACAGGCGCCCGAUCGACGAGCGCCAAGAAGUAUUUGUGUAUUUCGGCUCUUUCACACGAUCGCUUUUGACCACUUUCGAGAUGACGAUGGGUAACUGGCCGACGCCUGCCCGUGUGCUCUUCGAGAAUGUCAGCGAGUGGUAUAUGUGGAUGUUCUUGCUGCACAAGUUUGUUGUUGGCUUCGCCGUCAUAGGGGUGAUCAAUGCGAUGUUUGUCCAAGAGACCUUUCAGGUUGCUAUGACAGAUGACCUGACCAUGGUCCUCAAGAAGUCGAAGCAAAUGCGAACACAGAAGGCGAAGCUGGAAAGGCUCUUCAUGGCGGCCGACAGUGAUGGCAACGGGAGGGUCAGCCGAAACGAGUUUGCCACGAUCCUCAUGCACGACGAUGUGAGGUUAUGGCUUGCCUCCAUGGACUACGCCACAAAGGACCCCAACUUUCUGUUCGACCUCCUGGACCAAAACGACAGCGGCGACCUUUCCGCCUCCGAAUUUCUCAGGGGCAUGACGCGUCUGCGUGGCUUCGCCAGGGCGAUGGACCUGGUGCAUUUGGGUAAUACGCAAGAGAAGGUAAAGGACAUCGUCGGCGUGUCCCAUAAGACUUUGGGGAAAUUGCUCGGGCCGGUGGACGACGAUUACGACGUCGACGACGAUUGGGGUUUAAGUUUGUAA